GGCUCGGUUGAGGAGUGCGGUUGGAGCGCUAGAGGGUCGCGGCCGGGGAUGAUCUGACAGAUGAAAUAGCGAAAAGAAAGAGAAGGCGGGCGUCCUCCCACACAAAAUCAUGUUCCCCAAAGGCAAAGGAACCCCCGUGCCGUCAGACGGCCAAGCAAGAGAAAAGUUGGCCCUAUACGUCUAUGAAUAUUUGUUACACAUAGGAGCACAGAAGUCUGCACAGACCUUUUUGUCUGAGAUACGAUGGGAGAAGAACAUAACUCUUGGAGAACCUCCGGGAUUCCUACAUUCCUGGUGGUGUGUGUUCUGGGACCUUUAUUGUGCCGCUCCAGAGAGACGAGAGACAUGUGACCACUCCAGUGAAGCGAAGGCCUUCCACGACUACAGUGCGGCCGCGGCCCCCAGUCCUGUCAUGGGAGGGAUGCCCCCCGGUGAGGGCAUGCCAGGAGGGCCCAUGCCACCGGGCUUCUUCCAGGGUCCGCCAGGUCCCCAAGGCUCCCCUCACCCCCAGGCUCCUCCCCCUAACAGUAUGAUGGGACCCCACAACCAGUCCUUCAUGUCACCUCGCUUCGCCGGCGGCCCCAGAGGGCCUCCCAUCAGGAUGGGGAAUCAGCCACCUGGUGGAGGCCCAGGUCCCCACCCCAUGUUGGCCAACAUGGACCCCACAAGACCACAAGGCCAUCCCAACUUGGGGCCAAUGCAGAGAAUGAGUGGGCCCCGAGGCAUGGGACCCAUGGGGCCCGGCCCUCAGAACUUUGGGGGUGGGAUGAGGCCCCCACACAACGCCAUGGGCCCCGGGAUGCCAGGAGUGAACAUGGGCCCCGGUACCGGUCGGCCAUGGCCCAAUCCCAACAAUGCCAAUUCUAUGCCUUACUCAUCUCCCUCUCCCGGUGCAUAUGGGGGGGCGUCUGGAGGUGGGGGUCCCCCAGGAACUCCCAUCAUGCCAAGCCCUGCAGACUCCAACAACUCGGGCGACAACUUGUACACCAUGAUCAACACUGGACCAGGCAACAGGAAUAACUUCCCCAUGGGCCCCGGAUCUGAUGGGCCCCUGGGGGCCAUGGCCGGCAUGGAACCACACCACAUGAACGGAUCACUAGGCUCUGGUGACAUGGAUGGAUUGAACAAGAAUUCCCCAAACAAUUUAAGUGGCAUGAGCAAUCCCCCCGGAACUCCGAGGGAUGACGGGGAGCUGAGUGGAAACUUCCUCCACUCUUUUCAGAGUGAGAACUACUCCCCAACCAUGACGAUGAGUGUGUGACCCCGCCCCUCCUGACGAUUAAUUUGCCAUCAUUCCAAGGAUCUGGACUCAUAAUAGGACAAGGCCAAAAACAUCAGCAGCGAAUCAGGGACAGGCGCCAUUUUGGUUCCAAACAAACACCAGAAUGCUGAUCGGCAGAAAUGCAAUGGCUGGUGACUUACUGCUCCUUGCUAACAAAAAAAAAUGAAGGACAAUUUUCUCCAUUCAUCACAACCCCAAGGUUGACAAAACCAGCUACUGAAAUGCAUAUAUGACACGUUUUAGGUUCUUUGCAAGCCCCCCCCCCCCCCCCCCCCGCUCCCCCAAAGCAAAGGGAAAGAAAAGGGUUGAAGGUGGAAGUUUACCUCCUUGUGCAUUUUAAUUAUUGCUUUGUGGUGCAGGGUGUGUGAAAGAAAUGUUUCUGCUUUCUGUCCUUGAAUAACACUGGAGAGUGUGUGUAUAUGUAUUGUGGGCGAGGGGAUAAUAAGACGAUCUUACCCACAGCUACACUCACUGCACCACGCAACCGUCAAGUGGACAUACGUUUUCAGAUUUACCCUGUUAAUGUCCACCUUUAAGCAACAAAAUAACAUGAUUAUUACAAGUAUUUCUUCCUCCCUAUGGCCACCUCACUAUUUUACCCUAUUUUAUAGAGUGGAGAUGCUAUAAAAUGCUUUUAUUGUGACAGCAUUUCAAGUUUGUAACUGCCCCGAUUGGGUUAUAAAACUUCAAAUCAUCAAAUUGAGCCCAGUUUCUUUGAAUCAGUUCACUUUGCUUUCUGAGAGCAAUGCCAUAACCCCGCCCCCUGUCCCUCAUCUCUUUGCUGUCACCAUCCGUUUCUAAAGAGGGUGGGGGGAAACCAAACUAGCCCAUUGAGUUCUGUCCUAGGGCGGGGGGGGGGGGCGCGAUCUGAAACCGGAGCGCCAGAAAGUGUGUGCAUGAAUGCUGAGAAUCUGUACAACAUACUACCUAGUGCUGCUCUGCUCUGUGUGGACACCUGCUUUAAGACGUGUAUAUCCUCCUUGAUCUGCUUGUGCUUCACACUCUGUGCUCCGUGUUGUAGCCUUUGUGUUUAUACCCCAAUCCGGUUGAAUUGGCGUUCUUUCUUUUUAUAUGAUGACAUGGCUAUGAAUAAGUUGCCCAUUGUAAUCUCCCAUGCGUAUAGGUCAUUUGUAUUUUCUCCUCUGUAUCAUUGGUUGCACCCCUCCCCUCCUGUCCCUUUUUUUUAUUUUAUAUUUUGAUACAAACUUUGACUACGUAUAUUGCCCCAGUUAUUCAGAAUUAGUUCCGGCUUUCUAAACUGAUUUGAGUAGGCAUUAUUAUAAACUUAGAAGCAGUCUUGUUAAUGUGAUGAGAAAUUUGUUUUUGACUUUUUGUUUUUCGUUUCUUGUGAGCAUUGAGCAUUAUACACUCUGUCCUAUGUUGCCUUUAUUUGCGGAUAUUUUUUUAUUUCAAAUUGAGGAAAGAUUGCUUGUUAAUAUAAUUUUACAGUAACUUAUUUACUUGCCAUGAGUUUUUUUUUUCUUUUUUACAAUUUGGUCUAGCUUCAAGAUGACCCAAGGCUAGAUUUAAAUAAAGAACUUAAAAUAAAACUAUUGUUAAACUGUUGGAAACGA